AUGGCCGAGAAACUAGGCGAUUCGGUCGAUACCCCCUUGGCGCUUGUGCAGAUGUCUCCGACCCGACAAAGCCGCCCUUGCAGCGCGCGCCUUAGAACGCGCAUUCUUCUUCUUCUUCUUCCUCCUCCUCCUCCUCUUUUUCUAGAAGCUUCUUCUAGAAGGUUGGCGACGUCGCAGAGCGCAGGAAACCACAACACGACAUCCCAGCCCACCCCCUCCUCGGAAGCCAACACCCCGAGCAGUCAAAGGACGUCGAUCGCUCACGCAACAACGGCUGCCUGGGCGGGAAAACUCACGAAACCCCUUGCUUCUACUUCUGCUUCUACUUCUGCUACUCCUGCUGCUACUCCUGCUGCUACUCCUGCUGCUACUCCUGCUGCUACUGCUACUGCUACUGCUACUGCUACUGCUACUGCUACUGCUACUGAUACACGCGCGAGGUAA